CAUCUAGUCUCUCAUAUUCUUUUUAGUUUCGUUAUAUUCUGCAAUGAAAUAAAAUUAGUUAUAUAAUUUUUUCUUAUUCUAAACUAUAUAAAGCAUUAUUUUAUUAAUUUUCGACAAAAAUGAAAUUUCUUAUCCAAAUCAAUUUUAUUUUCGUAAUUCUUUCCUUAGUUUCCAGUGACGAAAAAAUUGGUAAUCCAAGUCAACAAAGUCAAAAUGAUUGUCCGAAGAAUAUGGUUCAGCUUCCGGAGUCUGAAGAUUCAAAGGAAAUGAUCUGUGAUUGUCAAAAGAAAUUUUUGUAUCAUCGAGAUAGCGAUUCUUGUCAUGAGGCUUACAAAAGAGGUCCUUGUCCUUCGGACCACCAUUUUGUCCUUCCAACCGAUGAGAUAUCAGCAAAAUGUGUUAAAAAUCCAUGUAAUGAAGAUGGACUUGUUUAUUAUCAAGGAAGUUGCAAUAAGCUCGGACAAAAUGGACCACCCUGUAAAGACAAUUCAAAUUUACUAGAUGUCAAUGAAAUAAGUUUUGAACUGGAGUGCAAACCGGCAUUCUUAUUCGACAGUCGUCUUAAUGUACACAAAGUUACUAACGAGUGUCCUAGAGGUAGUCGUAGAAUAUACUCAGGAAAAUGUAAACACAUUUUUCAAUAAAUAAUAAUUAUGAGUUACAUUAUAAAACGAGAAAAAAAA